AAUCCAAUAUUUUUCUUGAGGAGAGCAUCAUCAUCAUGGCUUACAACAAUAGCAAUAACAAGAACAACAACAACAUUGUCGUUGUUUUCGACUUUGACAAGACCAUCAUCGACGUUGAUAGCGAUAACUGGGUUAUUGAUGAACUUGGCUUCACUGAUUUGUUCAAUCAACUUCUCCCCACCAUGCCUUGGAACACACUCAUGGAUCGUAUGAUGAAGGAGCUUCAUGAUCACGGCAAAACCAUUGAGGAGAUCAAACAAGUCUUGACAACAAUCCCAAUCCAUCCACGUGUUGUCCCUGCCAUCAAAUCUGCUUAUGCCUUAGGGUGUGAGCUUAGGAUAGUGAGCGACGCAAACAUGUUCUUCAUCGAGACCCUCGUUGAGCAUCUCGGGAUAAGUGAACUCUUCUCUGAGAUUAACUCGAACCCUGGUUUUGUCGAUGAACGUGGCACUUUGAGAAUCUCUCCUUACCACGACUUCACUACAACCCCUCAUGGCUGCUCUAAUUCCACUUGUCCUCCUAACAUGUGCAAGGGUUUGAUCAUCGAGAGGAUUCAACAAUCUUUAGCGAAAGAAGGAAAGAAGAAGAUGAUUUACCUAGGAGAUGGAGCUGGUGAUUACUGCCCGAGUUUGAAACUAAAAGCUGAGGAUUACGUAAUGCCUCGUAAGAAUUUCCCGGUAUGGGAUCUAAUUAGUCAGAAUCCGAUGCUGAUUAAAGCUGCGAUUAGAGAGUGGACCGAUGGCCAGAGCUUGGAGAUGGUAUUAAUAGGAAUCAUCGAAGAGAUUAGGUUGGAGGAAGAGAAGGAGAAGAUGUUGAACAGUGCCGAGACUAACUGCAAGAUGCAGACCAUCUCUGUCGGGAUUAACAGUGUUCAUCAUGAACCAAUAUUAAUGCCUCGUGCUCUUCGUGUUUCUCAGUCUAGUUAGAUGUUUUUAAUACAUAUAGUGAAGGAUGAAGAAUAUAUAAACUGUGGUGAUUCUUCUUCUUGUUUUUCUUUCAUAUGUUUGAUUUGUAGUAUUCCAAAAAUAUUGGAAGUUAUCCUAAAUAUUUUAUUAAUUGUGUGAGGACGAUGAAAGUAUUGCAAGAAGAUUAAUGUGAUUUUUGUUAUUAACAAUUA